AUCUCGUGGAAAAGAACCAUGAAGGUUCCAUCUAGAUAGUAUAGCAGUAUUUAAAUUUGGAUACUUCUUAAAAGAAAGAUGCUAUUGUAUAUGCAGCAUCAACAAGGGCCUACAAGUGAAAACUCCAUAAGUUCAAGUGAUUAUAAAAAUUGUAUUUAUGAAAAGAUUUUAAAAAGAGUCAAAUGCAGAUAGUAAGAAGAGAAAGAAUGAGAUGAUGCU